CAGGCAUAUAAGGCUGUCUCACGCAAGUGGUUAGACAAGUUGUCAGCCGUGCUUGAGCCCGACACAUUCUCUGUGGCCUGUGUUUUUGUUUAUGCUUUACUCCUGGAGAAGGGCUGAUUAUCUCAAUUUCUCCCAUCCGAGCACCAGGUAGGUAGCGAUAGCGCUGAAGAGUUCCCAACUUACCAAGUAGAGACAUCAGAGGUCAUCAGCUUACAGAUCCUAGGAAUAUAACGAUCGAUGGCAUAUCUACGAAAAGUACGAUGCAAAAGGGUCUACCACAGCAUGGGGCUUCAUCUGCUGAAGCCAACAAGCAUGGACCACUUUGAGCCAGUGAAGGCAAAAGUACCAGUCGACAACCCUGUCAGCUUCUUCCGAGAUCACGGCCGUGACUACUUCGUGUGUUGUGCUGAUUUCCAGACCAUGGAGCUCGUGAUGGUCAAGCCAAAAGAUAUCGUCGCUGUUAAAAGAGAUUCUUUCUUCAGUGAGGCCUUGCGACGACAAGCGGACGAACUGCUGGUGAUUCCGUUCUCCCAGUUGGCAGGUGUGGCUGCUGAGGUUGCCGAGGACGUGGCGCACGUCACCACUAUUCAUAUUCAUAUGACGAUGCGCUGCGGCUCUACACUACUGAUCAAGGCGCUAGAAGCAAGCGGCCUGAUGCACACUUUGCCCGAAUCUGACGUGUUCGCCAACAUUUUUCGGUACAUCCAGUCAAAGAGGGCCAUGCCUGAAAAUGUCACAGAGUCAGAGAUGUUGUUGGAGGUCAUUCGACACAUCAACACCCUGUUCAACUACACUCUACUGCAGAAAGACCCUUCCAAAACUAUCACGUGUUACAAAAUGCGCGGACAGGUUUUCCCCAUAGCGGAUCUGUUGCGGAAGGCCUUGCCAGAAGUGAAGACCGUCUUACUCUACAGAAAUCUUCUUGGUACGGUGGACUCUUGGGCUCACGUUAUGACCGAGAGAAGCUACUGGAAAUAUUGGUUGAUAACAGCCCUUAGGCUAGAUUCUUUCUACCUCAACGACUUACUUCUUAUGGUUCCUAACUCUCCAUGGGAUGACCCGGUGUUCAGGUCCAUCCCUGUCCCACAUGGGGUUGUAUGGUUAGCUACAUGCAUCUGGCUCGAGUACAUGCAGAAAGCCCAAGAGCUGACGAAAACAGAUGCCCACAAAUGUUUCAACGUGAUGCUAAGAUACGAAGAGCUGUGUGAGUACAAGGAGGAGAUGGUCGCGAAAGUCAUUGAGAGUCUUGGCAUCAAAUCAUGUGUCGAUGAGGAUGCAAAACUAAAGAUACGAGAAGUGUUUGGGUUCAACAGUCAGGCCGGACAUUCUCUCGCCAGUAGCAGUAGUGGCCCCAGCCGGGAAGACAGUUGGUUGGGGCAAUGGGAGAUGGGGAUCGUUUCAAAGAUUCUUGAUCGUGUCAAUUACGAGGAGAUCAGCCGACCAAAUUUUGUACUCAAUGGGACCAUGACGCAGAUAUGAUAGAAAUAGGAUCGUUAGUCAGUCUUCCCGCUUAAAGUAGGAUCGGACUGUUCCAAAAAAUAACGGUAGAGGGGAGUGGAAGAGGCUGGAUUGGAGGGGGUAGGGUUCAAACAUCUGGAUUGGAAGUAGGAUAGAGUUUAAGUCAAUUUAGAUAGAGAACUAAUGAGGGUUUGGGCAACUUUGGAUUUGAAUCAGAAAAUAAGUUUUGGCAAUUUUGGGAUUGGAACUAGGGAGGGUUUAGACCCAUUUUGUAUUGGAACCAGGGAGGGUUUGGGCAAUUUUGGAUUGGAACUAGAGAGGGUUUAGGGCCCAUUUUGUGUUGGAACCAGGGUACAGUGUGAGCCAGGAUGUCAAAAUGGUGUAAGCAAUUUCUUGAUUGGAACUAGGGAAGGGGCAAACUUGCUUUUUCAUCUCCUCCACCCCCCACUCCCCACUCCCCAUCCACAUUUUUUGGGACAGCACAUUGUAGAUCCACUCGUAUGUGACUUUACUGACUCCGAGUCCAUGCCAUCAUGGACAAUUGUUGUUGUGUGGUGCUUGUUUACCAUGAUACCUCAUCUAUUUUGUAGAAAAGCAUGGUGGCAUGGUGGCAAGAAGAAUAUUUAGGUAAAAUUACUAUUUGUAAUUAUCAACAAAGUCAAAAUGUACAUUGUUGCACGCAUAUACCAAUAGCGAGGCUCGUCCGAUGAUACACAACGCAAGGAACCGAUAUGUUCUUGUAAAUAAUAGCUCUUCUCGAAGAGAGGUUCAGCUCCGGCUGUUUUGUGACCUGUUUUAGACGUUUUUAUAGGGCCCAAAAGGCCUAAAAAUACGUAAAAAACAGCCGAUGCCAAACCUCUGCUUGGACAGUAGGAAUGGGUGGUGUUGAACUACUGGGGAUUGAAGCCAUUAAAAAGUGAAAUGCGCACCUGUGUUCUUUCUUUCAUAGAAAAGUAAGAAUAAUCCACAUGCCUGAUUCGUGGUCUUGAGCAAAAUGGCAUUUCUGGCAGACACAAUUCCUUACGCUUUAUGCAACGUCAAGAAGACAACAUGCAUGACUCUGUUAGCUUAGACAAAAUUUGACUGUAAAAACUUGGUAAAAAUGACCGAUCAACUCUCCUCUACUUCGCCCCUGUUAUAUUCUUGGGCCGGUCAGCCUUUAGUACGCAAACGCAUGCACGAUUUUUUGUAACAAGAGUUUUCUUAAAAAAGUAUUCUUACUGAUCCUUGCUAUAGUAGCCUUGCACUGUGUCUCGAACUAGUAGUUCCUUCGAUAGCUCAGUUGGUAGAGCGGAGGACUGUAGCGAGACUUGUUGUCAUCCUUAGGUCGCUGGUUCGAAUCCGGCUCGAAGGAAUUUCUUUUUUAUUCAUUAUCUCAUGUCAAAUAUUGGUUAGCGAUACUUUCUCUCAAAAGCGAGUUACUUUUACAAAACGGCAAAUGUGAAUAAUGUUUUCUAAAAAUAAAGUUCAAU